AUGACUCUCGACGGGAGAAUCCAGGCUAUUCAGGAAGAAUCGCAGCAAUUCCCCUGCGACAACGCCGUCCACUCCGUCCACUGCGUAUCCACUAAACCCGUAAGAAUCGAUACACGGAACAUGACCGUGUACAUACCCUCCGGUGAGGACUCGCAGAACGAGACGUCCAUCGUGCCGUUCGUGCGACACGGAGACUUACCGAAGAUCUCCCCUGUUCGGAUGAUUUUGUAUGGCAACAACACGGACCCGCCCCCGUGCGAGUUCCACCACCGCCUCCCGGCCGUGGUGUUCUCCUCGGGGAGCACGGGGAACGUGUUCCACGAGUUUAGCGAGAUCAUCAUCCCUCUCUUCAUUACCACCAUGCACUUCGGGUCGCGCGUUCUCCUCGUCAUCGAGGACUACAAGCCCUCGUUCGUCGCAAAAUACCGCGCAAUCCUCUCCCGUCUCUCGUACCACGAGCCUAUCAACGCGGCCGCGAACGCUACCAUCCAUUGCUUCCCGUCUACCGUAAUCGGGCUAAAGUACCACGACGACCUGGCACUGAAUGCCAGUGACAUCCCAGGAGGGUACGGAAUGCCAUCAUUCCGUACCUUCCUGCGCACCGCCUUCGGCCUGCGGUACGCGCAUGUGUUGCAGGUACCCAGGCCGAGGCUGAUGCUUCUGUCGCGCACUAGCACAAGGAGGUUCCUCAACGAGGACGAAAUGGUCGAUAUGAUCAAGGACGUCGGGUUCCAGGUACUCGUGGUUAGACGGCCGAAACUAGCGUCGAACCUCGAGAAAUUCUCGCGGCUGAUAAACUCGUGCAGCGUGCUGCUCGGCGUGCAUGGCGCGGGGCUCACGAACGAGAUAUUCCUGCCCGCGGGCGCCGUGAUGAUCCAAGUGGAACUUCUCGGCACCGAGUGGGCUUCCAACAGGUAUUACGGUGACACAGCCCGCGCGAUGGGCGUGCGCUACUUGCGCUACCCGAUCGACCGGGACGAGAGCUCGCUGGUCAAGCUAUACGGCCGCAACAGCUCGAUCGUAACCGAUCCGGGAUCGGUGUACAUACAACAUGGUCAAAUACCUUGGAGAACUAUAUUUCUUGGUCUACAGAAUGUAAGAAUCAAUCUUGCUCGAUUUAGGGAAACCAUAGUUGAAGCGCUUAGUUUUGUUACAGAUUCGCCAAUUAUAUGA